AUUAUUAUAACGAUAUCUUAAGCUGGUUAUGGACUCCUAUUAAAAGCAAUUAUUGUUGACAGUCCUUCGUGAGUCGUGAAACAUGUGUUGGUUGCAAACUUGCAAUUCACGAGCAGAGUCCAUAAAUACACACAUGUCACCAACGAUACGAUUCAUCGCCUUUAUUCUCAAAUCAGAUCUCAAGACUUUACCGGAUUUAAAAAUUCGAAAUGGGGAAGAUGUACCAGAAGCUGGCACUUCGCGGUGGUGAAGGGGGGCGUGAAUGGGACGACGAUGUAUACGAGGGUGUAAAGAAAGUGUAUGUUGGGCAAGAUUUCUCACGUAUCACUUACAUCAAAUUCGAGUACGUGAAGGAAGACGGUGAAGUGGUUACACGUGAAUAUGGGACAAUAACUCAAGACCCUAGAGAGUUUAUAAUUGAGUAUCCGGGUGAACACAUCACAGCAGUGGAGGGAAGCUACAACAAAGUGGCUCUUAUAGCCACGGAGGUGAUCACGUCUCUCGUCUUCAAGACCUCAAAGGGUAGAACGUCUCCAACGUUUGGUCCAAACUUGUUCGGAGUUGUCAAUGGUACAAAGUUCAAGUUUGAGGACGAGGGAAAGAAGAUCGUAGGUUUCCAUGGACGGUCGGAUAAUGCUAUUGACGCUCUUGGAGUUUACCUUGUCCUAGACUCUCUGACCACGCCUUUCCCUCUUUACAAGCUGGAUGCUCAAGGUGGUACAGAGGGACGUGUUUGGGACGAUGGCUCUUUCGAUGGCGUUAGGACAGUGCGUGUUUGUCAAGAUGAUCAUCGUAUCACUUACUUAGAGUUCGAGUAUGACAAAGGUGGGAAGUCAGAGAAACUUCACCAUGGGGUGAAAGGAGGAACAUCAUCUGAGCUUUUGCUUGAUUACCCGAAUGAAUACGUCAAGUCGGUGGAAGUAACCUAUGAUAAGCCAAAACUUUUCCAAAAUACUGUCAUCACGUCAUUUACCUUCGAAACAUCAAGUGAGAGAACAUCAUUCAUUGGGUAUAAAGUGGGUAAGAAGUUUGUUCUUGAGCAAAAGGAUCUUCGACUUGUCGGAUUCCAUGGAAAAGAAGGUGACGCCAUUGAUGCUCUAGGAGCAUAUUUUGCACCUAUUCAAGCUCCUACUCCUUUGAUUCCAACCAAGAAACUACCGUUGGUAGGCGGCAACGGAGGAGUUAAAUGGGAUGAUGGUGCUUUCGACGGUGUAAGGAAGAUAUCUAUAGGACAAUGUUACGACGUUGUAUCCUAUGUUAAGUUUGAUUACAUUAAGGGAACAGAGUUGGUAUCUGGAGAUGAACAUGGGCAGACAUUACCCGAAGCUUCAGAGUUAGUUCUUGAGGAUGAUGAAUAUCUCUUGAGCUUGGGAGGCUACUAUGAUAAGAGUCGAGGAGCCAUUCGUUAUAUAGAUAUAGUCAACACAAACAAAAGGGAUUCACCUGAUUAUGAAUUGAAUUACGGUGAGAAGUUCACUCUCGGGGAAAGUGGCCACAAGAUCGUCGGGUUUUAUGGACAAGCUAGUGAUGUUCUCCACAGUAUUGGAGUCUAUGUCGUGCCCAUCACCUCAGUCGAGUGAAAAGGCCUUCUAUUAUCUUAAUAAAACAAAACCAGCCAGUUAUAUUGAUUGAAUAAAAUUGUUAAUAAGGCCGGUGUGUGUUUUCUUUAUUUCGCUACUUUCAUUGUUGUUUUAUUCCUACAAGUUCCUUUCUGUUCUGCUAGAUGAAUGAAGAGUAAACUUGAGUGUGCAA